UGUUAUGGUGGUGAUUGUAUUUUUGUGUUGUUUUGGUUUUGAGUGACUAAUUAAUAGAACUUUUGAAUUUAUUUAAUUCCUAAGUAAAAUUACAAUGUGCUGGAGUUAAUUCUGACAGUUUUAAAAUGUCUACCAAAGAGGAAGAUGAGGUGAUAUGCCAAACUUUUAUGAUAAAAAGAUCUCAAAACAAGAAACUUUUCACACCGGUUAAUUACCGAAAAAGAUUCUUGGUUCUAACAAAGAAAGCUCUUAUUUAUUACGACUCUGAUAAUCAGAGGCGGAAAGAACGCGGUCGCAUUCCUACGGGUACCAUUCAUACCGUGGAGCUCGCUCAGUUGGGCGAAGUCAGCAAACAAAUACCAGACGAGGAAGGCGACAAAAGCCCCUUGUAUAGGUACCCCUUUCAGGUAUCGUAUACGGAGAACAACACAGAUUACACUUUGUACCUUGUUGCCGGUGACCAUAGUGAGAGAUUGCGUUGGAUUCACGCUAUAAGAACUGUUUGCGUGUCGAAUUCCCGCCGCGCGCGCUACCACCCGGCGACGUGGUGCGCGCGCCGCUGGGGCUGCUGCCAGGACGAGCGCCGCGCGGCGCCCGGCUGCUCGCUCACCACCUUCUGGCCGCUGCCGGAGCCGCCUGAGCCGCCCGACACGCGACACGACCUCAUUCUACCGAUCAACGAUACCACACCGGUGACUGCGGCAGUCACGAUGCCCGGGGGAGGCGCGCCCCCGCCCGGCACGCCUUCUUCCAAACCAAAGGAGAAACAGAAGACCAAAGUAGUGGUGGCGUUAUAUCCGUUUAAAGCCAUCGAAGCCGGCGACCUUUCACUGGAGAAGGGCGCCGAGUACGAGGUGGUCGAUGACUCUCAGGAGCAUUGGUGGAAAGUUAAAGACGAACAUGGGUCGGUAGGUUACAUUCCUAGUAAUUACGUCAAAGAGAAAGAAACGAUAGGGUUACAGAAAUAUGAAUGGUACGUGGGAGAGAUGUCUCGGCAACACGCGGAGUCGUUGCUGAAGCAGGAGGACAAGGAGGGAUGUUUCGUUGUACGAAACUCCUCGACAAAAGGAAUGUACACACUCUCGCUAUAUACCAAAGUUAUCCACCCGCAGACGAAGCACUACCACAUAAAGCAGAAGGAGAGCGGCGAGUACUACCUGUCGGACAAGCACUGCUGCGCCAGCAUCCCCGACCUCAUCAACUACCACAAGCACAACAGCGGCGGCCUCUGCUCGCGCCUCAAGGCCACACCCUGCGACCGCCCGCCCGCCACCGCCGGCCUCUCGCACGACAAGUGGGAGAUCGACCCCAACGAGCUGGUGCUGCACGAGGAGCUGGGCGCGGGGCAGUUCGGCGUGGUGCGGCGCGGCAAGCUGUUCGGCACGCGCGACGCCGCCGUCAAGAUGAUGAAGGAGGGCACCAUGUCCGAGGACGACUUCAUCGAGGAGGCCAAAGUUAUGACGUCAGUGGCUCUUUGAUCCUUAGUGUUCUUAAACUUUCUCUUACUGUACGGCGUGUGCUCGAAGCGGCGGCCCAUCUACAUCGUGACGGAGUACAUGUGCAACGGCUCGCUCUUCAACUACCUGCGCCGCGCCGCGCCCGACCACCUCGGCCCCGGCCUGCUGCUCGACAUGUGUCUGCAGGUGUGCAAAGGAAUGGCGUAUUUAGAAAGGCAUAACUAUAUCCAUCGAGAUUUAGCUGCAAGAAAUUGUUUGGUCGGUGAAGCUAAUGUUGUGAAGGUAGCGGACUUCGGCCUGGCUCGAUAUGUAUUAGACGACCAGUACACGAGUUCCGGAGGCACCAAGUUCCCUAUAAAAUGGGCCCCACCUGAAGUACUCAAUUAUAUGAGAUUCUCAUCGAAAUCUGAUAUAUGGGCUUUCGGUGUUCUAAUGUGGGAGGUGUUCACGUGCGGCAAGGUGCCGUACGGCCGCAUGAAGAACAACGACGUCGUAGAAAUGGUGCAGAAGGGACAAGUGCUCGAGCGGCCCAAAGGAUGCUUGAUUGAAAUUUAUAAUGUGAUGCGCGCCUGCUGGCGGCAGUCGCCCGACGAGCGGCCCUCCUUCCGCGCGCUCAAGGAGGAGCUGAGCGCCAUGCUGCGCGACUGACUGCGCCUGCUGCUGGCGCUGCUGCGCCCGCGCCGCCUCGCUUCCGCCUCGGCCCCCGCCCCGCGCCGCCACGCUCCCACCCUGGCCCCAGCGCUGCACGCCUCGCCGCUCUGAGCAAACACCGACACCACUAAGGGCCUGUCCCACCAAAUUGCAAAUUGUCUGAUAAUAAUCGAACGUAAUGUAAAAUAUGCGACGGUAAUAU